UGUCUCAGAUCAGACACCAUAAUCAACUUAGGCGAUAUUCAGUGGCAACUGGCAUACGUAAAGCUCUGUAAAAUUUACUUUUUGCGUGAGUUAUUGACGAGUCCUGAUCACUGUACAUCCAUUUUGUGCGUCAAUUGUAGGUCAGUGAAGAAAUGGCUGAUGUUUUAGAGAAAGCCAACGCUGGUGCAUCAGGCGACCCCAGCAGAGUUACAGAAGUCAGCCCAGGCAGUGACAAAGGCAGUGAGGAAGCGAAGCAGACAGCUGUUGAUGGGAGUCAGAUGUCUACACCAAAAAAACCACAAGAGGCCGGAAUGGACAAUGACCAGGAAGAGCAGGAGAUCUCUGGGAGUGGGGAUGGAGAGGAGUGGUUGGAUGUCCUGGGAAGUGGUCAACUGAGGAAAAAGGUCCUGAAGGCUGUUCAAGGAGAGGGCAGUCGACCUGAUAGGGGUAUGGCUAUCACUGUGAGUUACAAGGGCAGGCUCCAGGAUGGUACAGAGGUGGAGGCUGAGGACAAAGUGACAUUCACUCAAGGAGAAGGAGAAAUUGUUCAAGCUAUUGAUUUGUGUGUAUGCCUAAUGGAGUUGGGUGAGGUAGCAGAAAUCCAUACCAAUGCCAGAUUUGCUUAUGGAGAAUACGGAAAGGAGCCCACAGUCUUGCCAAACACUGAUAUGAUUUAUGAAGUAGAAUUAUUAGAAGUAAACCCUCCACCCACACCACUCACAAUGACGUUGGAAGAAAUAUGUCAGCUAGCUAACAAGAAAAGGGAGUAUGGAAAUGAACUGUUUGGAAGGAAGGAUUAUUCUGGUGCAAUCAACUCGUAUACAAGAGCCAUCUCACUGCUUGAAGAUUGUCCAAGCGGAAAGGAUGAUAGCUAUGAAAAAGAAGUAAGUCAGAUGGCAAUCAAAUGUUUCAACAACCUAGCAGCUGCCCAGCUAAAGGUGGAUGCAUUUUCAGCAGCUCUUCAGUCUUGUAAUUCUGUGUUAUCAAAGGAUCCAAGCAAUGUAAAGGCAUUAUUUAGGAAGGGAAAGGUUCUAGCUGGCCAACAGGAGUUCAGUGAAGCCAAUAUAUAUCUCAAAAAGGCAUUAGCAAUAGAACCAUCAAAUAAGACCAUUCAUCAAGAGCUUGCUAAGCUUUCGGCCAAACAGCAGCAGGAGGUGAAGUCAGAAAAGGCCAUGUAUCAGAGGAUGGUAGGAGAUAUGGCAACGGUCUCGGAGAAAGCUGAAUCAAAGAGCUCAAGAGCCAAAUAUCUCCUAAUUGGAUUAUCAAUGGUCAUCGCUGCUGUAGCCAUAGUGCUUGCUCUAUAUUUAUCAUAGACCUACAUCAUGGUAACCAUCUGUGACCAAAUGGACUUCAAACCAACUCUUGAGUAAGAUUGACUACUCCUUCAAAAAUGCAAUAACUGCAAUUGAAUCGCCUACAUUUUUCUAUUUGAUGGCAGUAAGUGAAGUAUGGGUGUGGAGUUCGAUCUGUUUUUUGGAAAGGAUUCGUCAUUUGCGAUUUCGUUGUCGAGUCUUCAGGAGAAGAAUUACUCAAAGAUGUCUUUAAUCAAGAUUGCAAGGAUGUAUAGUUGCUGACAAUUGUAGUUUUGAAUGAACCAAAGCUGUGACGUUUGAUGAAAUAAUCUUGUAUUCCCUCUUUCCAUUUGAUCUCCAUGAGCAUUAUAUUCACCAUCUUUUCUAGGAUACACUGACCCUUUGUACACAAAUUAUUCCUGCAGCCUGCUGCAUAAAACUUUUUACCUGAGAAAAACUGAAUACUAAGGUUAGUCUGAUUUCUGCCAUUGACUUUAACACAUGGCAAAAACUCAGGUAAAAAAUAAUCAUGUUCAAAUUAUGCAAGUGCAUACAGUAUUUUUCCAUCUAAAUGCUAAUUUAUUAUGGGAUAAACUUUGAUGCAGUUUACAGUGUACAUAUUUUUAUUGUAUUUGAAUGGUAUAGACAUUAUUCUCUGAUAACACAGAAAGUUUAUGAACAGUUUAAUACCAAGUAUAUGUUAUAGCCAGCUGGUAUAAAGGCUAGGUUACUGUUUACACAGUCAAUCACACACUAUAUUUUCUUUGCAUCAUCAGUUUCUGCUUCCUACAAUCAGGUCUGUCGGUCCGUUGCAAUUCUUGCGCAUCCAACUACUUCCUUAGUUUUCAACCAAUUCUCAAGAAACUUGGCACAUAUAUUGGUAUUAAGGCAAAGACGUGCAAGACACCUUUUUUGCAUGUGUCGGAAAUUGUGUUGCCAUGGUAAUGACAUAUCAUGUGGUGAAAAUUGUGUGAAAAUCUUGCAGUUUGAAUUACUUCAAUUUUCAUCCAAUUCUCAUUAAAUUUGGCUCACUCUUGGUUUUUGAGGUGAAGAUGUCCGAGACCUAUUUUUGUGUGUGUUGAAAUUUGGGUUGCCAUGGUGACAACACAUUAAAUUCCCCAAGUUAGGUAAAAUCUUGCAGUUCAUACUACAUCAAUUUUUAACCAGUUCUCAUUAAAUUUAGCUAACACAGUGGUCUCGAAGUAAAGAUGUGCAGGAUAUAUUUUUCCAUGUGUUGGAAUGUUGUUAUGGUAACAACAUAUUAUAUGUCAAAAAAUUAGGCAAAGAUCUUGUAGUUUGAACUACUUCUUUUGCUUUAACCAAUUCUCAUGAUAUUAACUCACACAUUGGCCUUUGGGUAUACUAGGCAAGUCAUAUUUUUUCCAUGUGUUGGAAACUUGCCAUGGUGAUGGCGUACGGAAUGGUAUUAAUCACCUUCAGUGAUACCGGUAGUUCUAGUCUCUUUUAAGAGUUUGAUGAAUUCAGGAGACUGGACACACUCAAUCAAGCGAAUCAUUACCCUCACUAAUUCCUGGCAGCCAGUUUUAGAAAUGAAAGAAAUCAAACAACUCUAAGUCCAGCAUACAUUUACUAUCCCUGUUCUAUUUCUCUGGAUUCACUGUAUGUGUUUGAAAAGUUAACAGGUUUCUGGAGUAGGUCAGUGUACCGUAAUAGGGAAGAACUUGCAUUAGGAUUAAGUUAAGUGUGAGAGACAUAUAUAAUUUGACAUAGAGACAUAUAUAAUUUGAUAAAUAUGUCACAUAAUGUUAAUUGUAAAAAAAUGUUUACUAUUGUUCUGAUAAGAGACCAUGAAUGUGAUACUUAUCUUUCCAUUUCAAAGUAUUCAUUCAUGUUUGAUGAUAUUAAGAAAAUGCCUUCAAGGGAAUACUGUUUUCAAGGAACAAUCUUUUCAUUGAUACAAAAUUUCUGUAUUGCGGAGUUAUCAAAUUCACUAAGAAACACUGAGACCUCUUCAGCUGUACCCCUCCCAAUACCCUCUUUAUCCUCCUCUCCUUCUUUAUCUCUCAUUCUUCUACCCUCUUUCUCUUUUUCCACCUCCCUCUCCCCCCCUCCCCCCACCCCCUGUCGUGCCCAUCAGUCUCUCUCUCUUCCCCAUCUCUCUCCUCUCUUCUGAUUUCUUGCUACAUUUUCUUAAUGAUUUUUUUUUUUAUUUCAUUCAAUUGAUAUCAUUUGUUUCAAUUUUAUGAUCCUCUCUCAGCCUCCCAUUCCUGUGUAUAUUGAUGGUACUUGGCUGUAUUCAAAACUCCUCUUUUUGUAUGUGCAUGCCAAUAUGAUCAAUCAGUAUUAAUAUAAAUUAUCAUUUGAAAUUUGGUUAAUAAUACAUGUACAUUCUCUUUUUUGGAAUGAGCAAGAGGAACUUGUGUAUUUUCUAAUCUAGUCAGUGCUUUGCACUCUGACAUAUGUGUACAUUAUAUAGUAGCUUCAUUUAUAUAAGGUGCUUAAAAGUAUUGUUAUUGGCAAUCAAAGGAGCUAUAAAAAAAGAUUCCUACUUCUCGGCAUUCCCACAAAAAAAGUUCACACCUAAACUUUUGCUAUUUUAAUAGCUACUGAAAAUAGUUUGUAAUUAUUUAAACCGGUGUCAAUUUCUUUGCUCAUCUUUUAAAAAAGUUGGGGAAUUACAUGUGAUUGGCAAGUUUUGUUUUGUUGUUGAUGUAUGUUGGUUGGUAUUUUGUUUGCUUUUUUAUCGUUAAAGUUGCUCACUGAAAUAUAUGUUCAUUAUCAUUCAAACACCAGAUGUACAAACAAUGUUUUGUUUAUAAGAAGUAUAAAUCUCUCCAAUUUACUGUAAAUAUUGAACCAGAGACCAAGAAGAUGGCAUAUCCCGUUCUGUCAUUUAUAGUGUAUCAGUUUUGAAAAGUUUAGAUAAAUACACCCUGUGAUAUGGUAUAUUAUUGUAAUGUAUACUUAUUUCCAAUCACACUUGAGUCACAAUCAAAUGAUCUAGUCAGAUAUUGUUUUCGUUACCCGUACCUGUAAUCAUGAUAAGUUGAAUUGAGAGACGAGAUUAAUGAUUUCUCCAAUUGAGUAGGCUUCAAGUCAGGAGCUACCACCGAGUAGUCUGCAUGCACAGACCUUUGCUUCUCUCAUAGUGCAUAACGCAGGGUCUGAAAUUGGAGAUUAGGUUCAUUAUUUUUCUGUGGCUGCUUAUUUGUUUUUGUACCGUUUGACACAGAAUGUCAAUUCAAAUGUAACAUUAUCUAUAUUUUCAUGUUGGAUUGUACUUCAUUCUUUGCAUGAAUCCUCCGUACAAUUUCACACUAUACAUAAGAAGUAUUGAAUGUGUUUCAAUACUUCUGCCUUCAUAUUCUUCCACACACAGAGACACUUAUGUAAGUCAUUCAUUAAUUAACUCCUACAUGCAUCAACACAUCCUUAGACUGCUGUUCAUUUUCCUUCGUCGGACUUGUGUAUUUAGACCGUUACCAUGGUAAUAUCCAGGAGUGCAGUCAGGAUGAGUGACAAACAACUUUCCAAAACAUUCUAAACAAGCCUAAUCCUAGGUUUUGAAAACGAUAUGUGGAACAGCGCCAAGUGUUGCCUGCUGAUAAUAACCACACUCGACCAGAUGUACUUGAUACUUUUAUCUGUCACAGGCAAUUGACAUCAAUUACUAGCCCUUUGGGGCAUUUGUUGAUACCCCUUCCCCUAUUAAUACUGUGUACUCGCCUCACACAUGGACAGCAUUAGUAAAUGAUUAUAUUAAAUUUCCAUGUCAGUGGUAUAUAGAAGAUUCAUUUCAUAUCCUCACCCUCUUGAUAUGGACACCAAUCAUCUUUAUCCAUCUGAUCUAUUGGGGCAAGCUGGCAGUAGUCCAUACACUCUCCCCUUCCGUUUCCCUCUGUUCUUCACGUCAAAUCUGUGGUGAAUUGUUUGUAUUUUAUGGUGUAGUAUUUGUGACUCAUCGCAUCUCUCUAUUAUUUAAUUUGUUUCAGACUUCAUUUGACACCAAUUUGUCAUUUGAGAUGACAUUGAGGGGAAGGGAGGGGGUGCAGGCUGGUCCCACCCCCCCCCCUUGUAACCUCCACAACUAUUUGCACUGGUACGAGUGUUAGUGA